AGCCAUCCAUCCGAAUCAAGGAACCUCAGCUCACUACACUCCACAGCUUCCUUAUUCUUUAUUCUAUUCCAUUUCCAAAGCAUUUGCUUACUACCAAUUACAACUUUGCAACUCAUUGCUAUUUGAUGAGCAUCAACCCUCUUCAUUCCUUUUUUUUCUAGAUUUUCUUCCUCAGAUUUUUGCGCUCACCCACCGAUUUUUCCCUCACAAAAACAUUCAAUAAAAUCGUCAGAAAUUAAAUUAAAAAAAGGGUCUUUUUUUUAUUUUUAUUUUCUGGGUCUUUUAUAAAAUUCAAUAUAAAGGAUUGCGCAAGAUUUGAUAAAAUGGUAAGAAUUAUACCAAUGGCGUCCACUUUGAGGCCAUCUCUUACCUGCUUUAGAUUUUCUUCAAAUACUCGUUUUGGGGUUUCUCUCUCUUCUCAUAGGCCGCUUUCUUCUCUUCACCUGGGUAGUGCUGUUCCGCAGUCAUAUUCCUUCGGUUUAAGAGCUUCGAAAUUGUUGAGAGAGGGCAAUGGCUUCUCUGUCAAUGCAGCUGGUAAUGCUGCACAAGCCAGCACUAGUGCUGUUGAAGAGAAUGUUCUGGAGUGGGUCAAGAAAGACAACCGAAGGAUGCUCCAUGUUGUUUACCGUGUUGGAGAUCUUGACAGGACGAUAAAAUUCUACACGGAGUGCCUUGGAAUGAAACUGUUAAGAAAACGUGACAUACCAGAGGAGAAAUACACUAAUGCCUUUCUUGGUUACGGGCCAGAGGAUUCACAUUUUGUCAUAGAACUAACUUACAAUUAUGGAGUUGACAAAUAUGAUAUUGGAACUGGUUUCGGUCACUUUGGCAUUGCAGUUGAGGAUGUGGCCAAGACUGUGGAACUUGUAAAGGCUAAAGGUGGAAUAGUAACUCGGGAAGCUGGACCCGUUAAGGGUGGAAAUACUGUCAUUGCAUUUAUCGAAGAUCCUGAUGGUUACAAGUUUGAACUUAUCGAAAGGGGGUCUACACCUGAGCCUUUGUGCCAGGUAAUGCUGCGAGUUGGUGAUCUUGAUCGAUCUAUUGAGUUUUAUAAAAAGGCUUAUGGCAUGGAGCUUUUGCGGACUCGGGAUAAUCCACAGUACAAGUAUACAAUAGCAAUGUUGGGAUAUGGUCCUGAAGACAAAAAUGCUGUUAUGGAGUUGACUUACAACUACGGAGUUACUGAAUAUGACAAAGGAAAUGCUUAUGCUCAGAUUGCAAUUGGAACGGAUGAUGUUUAUAAAACUGCUGAAGCAAUUAAACUCUGUGGAGGAAAGAUCACACGGGAGCCUGGACCAUUGCCGGGUAUCAACACCAAGAUAACAGCAUGCCUUGAUCUUGAUGGUUGGAAAACGGUGUUUGUUGAUAAUAUUGAUUUCCUGAAGGAGUUGGAAUGAUGCUCACGGCCUCACAGGUGUCCAGAUUUCCAACUUAUGUUUACGUCAGUGUAAAUUAUUUCUGUAGCAUUUGCUUAUUUAGUGUAAAAUCUAUAGCUCUUCCACCAAAAAAACAAUCUUUUGUCAAGUCAUCUUCAAUAAAAGAGGUAUGUCAAAAGCUCGUUUAAUCCUUUAUUUUGGGUUGUAGAUAAAAUUAUAAUGACCAUGAAUCUUUCUCAAUAGCUCUGUAAAUGACCCUUAACUGGUCAUUUUCCCAAUGUUUUUGGCAAUUAGGACUCGCAACAAUCCAAGAAAUUAAGAGCUAUUAUUUUGCUCCACUUAAAAGUCAUGCUGUUAACUGCACCAA